AUGGAGAAUAUACAGCAUACCAACAUCAAAGUCAAUGGCAUCAACAUGCAUGUUGCCCAGAUCGGACAAGGCCCCCCCGUGCUUUUGGUGCACGGUUUCCCCGAGCUAUGGUACACAUGGCGCCACCAGAUGAUGUAUUUAUCCUCCAAAGGUUACCAUGCCAUCGCACCUGACCUUCGUGGGUUUGGUGAUACGGAAGCCCCGCCUUCUUCCACCAGCUACACYGCCUUUCACAUCGUCGGAGACCUGGUCUGCUUGCUUGACGCCUUGGGUUUGGACAAGGUUUUCGUGGUGGGUCAUGACUGGGGUGCCAUCAUCUCCUGGUACCUGUCCUUGUUUCGCCCUGACCGGAUCAAGGCUUUGGUCAACAUGAGCGUCGUUUAUAAUCCCAGGAAUCCUUCAGUCAAACCACUGGACUUCAUGCGACAUACAUUCGGUGACGAUUUCUACAUCUGCAGGUUCCAGGAAACUGGAUGGGAAGAAGAGUUUGCAAAAGUUGAUACGAAAAGACUACUGGCCUCCUUUUAUUUCAAACGAAUUCCAACCCCACCAAAGAUGCCUAGAGACUUUGCAAACUUGUUUUCACCACCUCCAUACGCCUUACCUUCCUGGUUCACCCAACAAGACCUCGACUACUUUGCAUCCAAAUUUCGUGCCACCGGAUUUGCUGGACCAUUCAAUUACUACCGUUGUUUCGAUCUAAACUGGGAGCUGUGUGCCGCAUGGACGGGAAAAGAGAUAACGGUGCCGGUGAAGUUCAUAGUGGGGGAGUUGGAUAUGACGUAUAACGUUCCAGGAAUAAAGGAAUACAUACACGGUGGUGGAUUCAAGGAAGCCGUACGAGGAUUGGAGCAAGUUGUUGUCAUGGAAGAUGUUGGUCACUUCAUCAACCAAGAGAAGCCACAACAGAUCAACCACCACAUUUACGACUUCAUUUCCAUGUUUUAAAUGCAAUCAUCUUUUUCUUUUUCGUCGACCUAAACACAUGAUACGAUGCCAUCAUGUACCCUAUCCCAAUCAAUUGCAAAUAAUCACACUUUUAAAACGUGUUUUCUUCA